AUGUAAGUUUAAGGUGAAAAACAAAAAUAAAUUAUAAAUUUAAUGUAAAAUAAUGUAAGACAAUCUUCAAAGAGUAGAUUAUUACUGUCUAUGAUUGACAAUUACUAAAAAUCUCCUGAUGAUGAGGCUUUACUUGAAGCAUAAAAAAAUAGUUCAGUUGCUCAAAUUGAAAAGCGGUUCAAAAAAAGCUAAGCUAAUCAUACAUAUGCUUUUCCAAGAACAGAUGAAAAUAACCAAAAGUUUAAGUCAGAAUCUCCAAUAGCUAAGUAAUUUUCACCUAAAGAAUAAACUAUAUAGAAAGACAACUUUAAAGAUCUUUUGAAAAAAAUUUAUCUCUCUAAUUAAAAGAAAAAUUCAAGAAAAACAUAACUUAAUCCUGAAUUUAUCAAGUAAUAAUAUUCAAUACUGCAGCAAUCUCAUCGAAAAUCAUUUUAAACUGUAAAUAAAUCUAAAUUAUAACAUUCCUUAAGUUAAAAUAGACUUUUAACUGAUGUAGCUUAAAAAUAAAGUUAUUCUAGGGGAUAAUCCCCAGAAAACAAAUUGUUCUAUUCAAAUCGGCCAGUUGGAAUUCAGCUUUCUAAGUUUAUAAAUUAAAAUGUCAACGAAAAGCAAAGAUCCUAAUAAAAUUUCAAUUAACACUCUUGUAGAAGCUUUGAAUUAAGAUAUUAGUUUAAUAAAUCGCCUUAUUCCUUACUUUAAAAUAAAAGCUUUGAUUUAAUUAAAUAGCUUCCAUAAUUUUCAAGUCUAUACAAAGUAAAAUCUAAAAAUAAUUGA